AUGACAUUGCCUAUCAAGUUGUACACAUUUGGAACCCCCAAUGGUCACAAAAUUAGUAUCUUUUUAGAGGUAUUGAAAUUAGCAUAUACUGUGGAAAAAGUUGACAUCACUAAAGGUGAAAGUAAGAAAGAUUGGUUUGUUAAGUUGAACCCAAAUGGACGUAUCCCAGUUAUUGUUGAUCCAAACGUCAAAGGUGAAGGCGAUAAUGGUGGCUUAGUGUUGAGUCAGACGGGUGCUAUUUUGCAGUAUCUUGCUGAUACGUACGAUAAAGAACACAAGUAUAGCUACCCUUUUGGCUCAAUUGAGUACUACAAGACAUUAGAAUACUUGAUCUUCCAAGUUAGUGAGAAUGGACCCAUCCAGGGCCAAGCUAAUCAUUUUGUCGUGUUUGCCAAGGAAAAGGUACCAUACGGAAUUAACAGAUACUUGACUGAUACAAAGAGAAUCUAUGAUGUCUACGAAGAUAUUUUAAGCAGAAACAAAAACAACGGGUCCAAAUAUUUAGUUGGUGAUAGAUAUACAAUUGCCGAUUUCGCCUUGUAUAGUUGGACUGGUGGUUUAAAACUUUUAGAUAUCAAUAUCAGCCAAUGGCCCUUAUUGAGUAAGUGGUACCAAGCCUUGUCUGAAGUACCUGGUGUUCAGGAAGGGUCAAAAGUGCCAGCUUGA